UCAUGAUCUUAUACUUUCCAAAUGGAUUUUCCGCAAACUUUUUUCAAAAUGAUAAACAGUUAUUACCUCGAAGUUUCUCUUGGCACCACCCAUUAAGUGUUUAAUGUUUCCAUUUCACAGCGCUCAUAUUUGUCUAUGACUUCCACCCGGGAGCAGAGACUCUUUUAAUGAAGCACUUUUCUGGUCCUGACUCCAAUCUUGGUGUCGGCCCGGAUGGCUCAUUAUUAUUCCCUCGACUUCCCGCCCCCUGGGGGUGCAUAGCAGACAUAGACCGGGUCACCGUAGUCCGAUGCCUGAGCGACUUAUUUGGAGUUAUAUCAUCCAACUUUCCUCUGCUUUAAGGACAGUUCACGCGGCUGGAUUAGCCUGUAGGGUCAUUGAUCCAUCCAAGAUCUUAUUAAUUGGAAAUUCAAGGUAAGUUGCCGUAUUUUUUGAUUAAUGGUGUUCCAAAGCGAAGUAUUACCGCCACAUGGGCCUGUAAUAUCAACACACUUUAAUCAUGGCCGCCUUUUCACUAAGUAACAACAUUUAUGCGCGCUCUGUCAUUUUUAAUAGGGACCUUAAGCAAGGACGACGGCAGUGAAAACGUCGCCAAAAAAUGAAUUUUGCGUUCCUCCAAACUUAAUCGCGUCUAUUUGGACCCGCUCAAUAUGUCAAAUGCUGGCGACUAAAUUCGUCGUCAUAAGUCCACGUCCUGCAUAAAACGUCAAAUUGGUUGGUUUCACGUCUUAGUCGUGUAGUGGACGUCAAAGUUGUUGUUUUGAUCAUUAAACCUAUUGGUUUUUUGUGGUUGUCGUCGUAGUUGCUUAAACUACCUAAUAAAUCCCGGAUGUAAGUCACGGCAAACCGCUUUACAGUACGGUAUUUCUAGCCCGCGCGUCGCCCGCGUGGCAGACUUUCGAAGGAAGGCGCGGAGUAAGAGGAAAACAUCGCGCGAGUGAGGUCGCGUAGAGCAUGCGCGAUUUGCCCCUUUCUUCAUCCUUCCUAAACACGGUGACUGGACUUGCUCCCUAAAUGAUAUCAACCCCUUCAUUAUCCACCCAGCUCAUGAAAGGUUGUUCACACUACAUGUACCACGGUCUACGUGCCCUCCUCUUUACGAACAGCAGUGUAGGGUCUUUUGCGACCGACCAGAAUCAGAACAGUGAAAGAGCUGUGAGAUUUGGCCUACGGUUUUUCGCCUUUUAUUCACCCUUGAAUGUCUACGACGUAGGUUAACGUGUUACUUAAAAACUACUGACCCUCGAAUAAACACCGUACCCUUACCAAGAGCGCAGUGUUCAUUUCAAGUGCGUAAAUUCAAGGUCGGCAGUUACUCGAAUAGUGUCAACGUCAGUAUGUUGAACACAUUUUCCUUUAAAUCAACAGCAAAAACGUUUUCGUUUGGUCGUAUUGCGUGCGAAUGAACCAUGGAAUAAGCCAUGGACUGAUUAAGCUCUCUAUAUAUAGACAAAAGUGAAAUAAUACGAAAAAAAAAUGCUUUAAUUAAGAAUACAUCUCAAAGCAACAAAGAAAAAGAGGGGAAAAAACAAUUUAAACUGCUUUAUCCCUUUUACUUUCAGACUCAGAAUAAACGGCUGUGGGAUAUUCGAUGUUCUUAGUUUCGAUGCUAGUAACAGUCCAAACGCAAUGAUUCCUCAUUUUCAGGUAAAUGACUGAUAUUUCAUUUCUCUUGAAGUAAAAACUUGACUCUAUUUUAAUUUUGUUGUUAUUUUCAGCCUUUCUUAAAACCGUCCAUUAAAAUACCACUUUUUUCGGUUUCAGCAAGAGGAUUUGACAUCCCUUGGUAAGCUGAUCUUAGCCUUGGCCUGCUACUCCCUCCAGGCCGUUCAGCGGGAGCACAUUCAACAAUCAUUAGAAUACAUGGCGAUGAAUUACUCAGUAGAUCUGAAAAAUCUUAUCAUGUAUGUACAGUCUAUUCCUUAACCUUACAGGAAGUAGUUUGUAAUUACUUUAGUUUUGCAUUGGCACGCUCUAUGAUUGGCUGAAAAAUUUCGCGUCACCUUCUCAACCAAUCAGAAAAAAGUGACAUGUGCGAGUUCGUUUUCCCGCGGGUUGAGUUUUUUUAACUCCAAAAUCUGAUUGGUUUAUUGGAAUUUCUACGCGUAUUAUGAUUGGUCAAAAUACUUAAUUUGGUUUUACCUCUGUUGCGCAGUCUGGGGCAGAGAGAGAAAGAAGUGGGGGCGCUCACUUGUGAAGAGGAACUAAACUUGAAAAUUGUACUAAGAUGGGUACAUACGCCCUUGGGGCCAUCUAAAGGCAUCUAUGGGAUGAUGAUGGUAGAAGUUUUCUCGGUCUAAACUGCGGAAUACAUCUGCUAUUGUGAAAGGUUUGAACCCAGGAGUCGUUUCAAAAGUAGGUUGAGUUUGAUCGUCCGAGUGAACGUAGUCCUGAAUAGGACUGUUGUUGUUGACAGUGACUGACGUUUCGACAACCUGUGAGGAAGUCAAUUCAGAGUCAAAGCGAGUCGUAUCACGUCAGUUGAUGGUAUUAUACUCUGGUUAUUGAUCUGAUUGGUCAAUUACGUCGCGAUGUUAUUGGUCGUCUGUCAGUUAAGCCGUGAUGUUAUUGGCUAUGAAGACUCGUAAUCAGUAAUUGGUGUGUUUUGAUCCGUCUAUUGUCACAGUUAAACAGUCGUCUAUUGUUAGUCAAAUUCCUCUUUCUUUGUUUUUUUUUGUUUUUGCACUUUUGUUAAAUAAGAUUUGAGAGAUGAAAUAACCCUGGGUACGAAUUGACCGGUUUGCCGUUGUUUUUUGUAAGACACUAUUCUGUGAUUUCGUUAGAUAUCUGCUCAGCAGUCCCCUUCCAGCGCACAUGAAGAGCGUGAAUGAUGUCAUGCCAAUGAUUGGCGCUAGGUUUUACACGCAGCUGGAUGCAGCGCAAAUAAAGUGCGACAUUUUAGAAGGAGAAUUAGCCAAGGUAAAGUGAACGUCUUUAAUUCUUGUAGGCUUAAUCUAAAUCUAAAACUGUGCAAAGGUCCCGCAUGGGAUAUAUGCGCACAGUUUCUUGUGUAACUUCAUUACAGCCAAUAAAAGGAGCGAUGACUUCCCCAAAACAGUCCCAUGGUGCCGCGCAGUCUCAAAAAGGCCUAUUAAGGUCAACAGCUAGUUGUAAUUUUCUCUCCUUAUAUGGUAGAAUAUCCCAAGUGGCACUUGGCAGUUGAAGAUUAAUACGUCAUCUCUUUAUUCUCUUUUGUUUUGUAGGAAAUGGAAAACGGCCGACUUUUCAGAGUACUCUGCAAGAUGGGAACUAUCAACGAACGACCAGAGUAACAAAUCUUGUUUUGUUUAUAGAUUUUCUUAGUAACGUAUUCACAUACAAUGAAAAAAGAGUGCUGAUGCCUUAAGGGUAUCUUUGGAAAUCGCUUUUUAAGAUUCAGUAAACCUGGGAUGACUGUCGGGAUGAUACGUGAAGCAGCUAGGAGCCAUUAAAUAAUAUUGAAGCUUUUUUUUCUUAAUUACCUUUACUACUGAGAGCUUUCUACGAAACUUUUGUGUUCUGAACUAGAGGAAGCUGUCUGUCUCGCCCGAAUACCACUAAGAUAGUACAAUGGCUAUAGGUUUUGCUGUCACCAUUUUUGCGUGUUAACCCAAUCUAAAACAAAUCUUCCUCCAAUUUUUUUGUCUAUUUAUGUGUAGAAUGUAGGCUGAGUGAUUUUGAUCUAAAAUAGUCGAUGGUAUUGUAGUGUUAAAAAACUUUGAAGGCGGCGCGUUAGACUGGGUUGGUCUUGUGUCGAAUUGUACUGUGGGACAGUUUUUGGGGACUAGCCAUUCACUACUCACACAUGCAGAGUGGACCAUAAUGCACGUUGUUUCCCCCCCCAGAAUUUUGCAUGACCACUGUUUCCAAUUACUCCAGGAUAUUACAGUCGUCCCAAAAGAAAUCGAAGACAAUGGUUAUGCAAAGUUUUGGGGGUAAACAAGGUGCAUUAUGGAAAAUGUGAAAAUGGUGAAUUUAAAGAUACAGUCAAAGCUCUCUUUGCGACCAGCUCUAGUUACGACCACCUUUGUGAAACCCUGUUUGAUCUGUGACGGAAACUUUUUCAUGAAAAGCUAUCGUAAGCGACCGCAACCAUUUUAUGGAUUACCCAACUGGACUUUUCUCAGAGUCUUAUUGAUAUAAAUCAGCACUUUAAUGAAACUUCACACUGCGCCAAUGUUCUUAAAAAUUGGACGUAAAGUUUAUCCGUGUCUAUAUCAGAUAUAAACACACUCUUCAAACAUUAAUUUCUUUUUUUGCUUUAUGAAUUGUUAAUGAGUUUCUUAAGCUCUCGUAAGCGACCACCUGCUAUUGUUUUACCAUGCGUUCGCUUACGACAUCUCAUUUUCGAAAGCGAGCCGCUCUAGUUACGACCACUUUUUCCGAAUUUCCGAGGUGGUCGCCUACGAGAGCUUCGACUCACUGUAGCAUGGUAAACUGGGUUGCUGGCCAAGACAGCCAUGUAGUGCCCAAGGAAAUAACGAACCCAAUGUCGCGCACUUCCAAUAGACCUCCUUAGCUUGUAUGUUUUGUUUUCCUAAUGAACGUCUCAGGAAAAUUUGCCCCUUUCUCUAUUCAUAAAAGAUGUAGUAAUCAACUCCUGGCGUAUAUGUGCAAGUGAAUAAGUCGAAAUUUGAAAGAAGCAGUUCUCGAGGAAAUUAUCACAUGACCCACAUUGGGAAAAUAAAACGUACAAGCUUAGGAGGUCUAUUGCCCAUUAGUAAAAUCCAACUAGUGGUCUAUUAUCAAUGCUGUGUUUUGACUGGUUGAGCUACUACUAGGCUUUUUUUUUGCUCAAUAUUUUUGACCAACUAGUUGGAUUUUACUAAAACAAUGAUUCCUCUCGCCCUCAUGGCCUCUGAGUCAAUAGCCCAUUCAGCCUUCGGCCUCAUGGGCUUUUGACUCAGAGCCCAUGCGGGCUUGAGGAAUAAUUGUUAAAUAUUGAGAGUUUUUUCGCGCAUUUAACUCGUCCCCACUCCUUCGCAGGUUCAGCAUGGAUCCAAGCUGGUCGGAGACUGGUGACAGGUAUCUAUUGAAGCUUUUUAGAGACUACCUGUUCCAUCAAGUGACGGAGAGCGGAGCACCAUGGCUAGACUUGGCUCACAUUGUUGCUUGUCUGAAUAAGGUCAGUUUGCAGAAAAUACGCAGUAUUUAGUAAAUCGGAUCGUUUUUUAAUCACCAAAAUUAAAAUUUUUCGUCUUUGCUUUUUGUUAAGUCAAUAGCCUGCAUGUAGUCGUUUACGCGGGCGAGCAAAAAAUACAGGAGCGGGAGGGUGGGGCGGGUAAAGAUUAUUUGAAUGUCUGUUGUGUAAAAAAACGUAGGAGAGGGGAUGGCUGAGGUGAGAAAAUAGCAUUGUCACUCCUUUACCCCCCUCCCCGUUCCCAACAGCUUCUUCACACGCUUCCGUGCAACAGCAUUUUCCUUAGAAUCUAUUUUCAAGUAAUUUAGCGAUAGACUUUUAGAAACUCCUGCCUAUUGCAAAUAGCUUGUGAGCAAGCUCUCCCGGGGGUACACAGUGCCCUGGAGAGCUUGCUCACUGAAGGUCCUGCUGGCAGUCGAUCGAUACGUAAUCUGUUUUUUGUUUUCUUUUUUUUUUGUUUUCAGCUGGAGGCAGGUACAUCAGAGAAAGUUUGCCUCGUCUCUCGCGAUGAACAGUCGGUGUUAGUGGUAUCUUACCGCGAUCUGAAGACCUGCUUUGAGGGUGCCUUUAACGAAAUCCUUUCUGCGUCUUUGACGUAA